AUAGCAGCCAGCCUAUAAAAAGGACAAGGAGCCGGCCCUGAAGUUCACAGCCACAGCCAGAGAAGCAGCUUCCAGCAGCAGCCCAGCACCUCGAAUCCAGAUCUGCCUGAGAGCACCCCAGUGCUGGCUCAGUGACCAGUCCUUCCCCCAGGAUGGGGACCAUGUCCAGAGCAGCCUUGGUCUUGGCCUGUUUGGCUGUUGCUUCUGCUACCUCUGAGGGAGGCCCCAGGAACUCAGAGCAGAAGGAACUCAGGCCAGAGUACUUCAUGCAGCACCUUCAAGAGGUUGGCUACGCAGCAGCCCCCGCCCCGCCCCUGACCCGAAGCCUCCUCCUGGAUCACCCUGACACCUCUCCACAUGACCCUCCCUUCGAGGGCCAGAGAGAAGCGCAGCCCCCUCCCCCGCGGGCAGCCAUCCCUGAACAAGAGGAAGUGCUGCCCCAUGCCCAGCUCCCUGCUGAAAAGCAAAAGGACCCCCCGCCCCCUCAUGAAGCCGUCCCCUUCCAAGAAGAGCGGCCUCCUCCCCAGCCGUUCCUUGAGCAGAAGGAAGUAGACACACCUCUCCCCCACCAAGAGCAGAAGCCCUUCCAGUUCCAGCAGGCAGAAGAAGAGCCAGCUCCCUCCGGGGGCCAGGGCCCUCCCGAGCCUCAGUCCUGGAAUCCGUCCCAGCACUGCCAACCGGGCCGAGCCCGAGGGGGCUGGGGCUUCCGACUGGACGGCUUUCCCCCUGGGCGGCCUUCUCCACACAAUCUGAACCAGAUCUGCCUUCCUGACCGUCCACACGUGGUGUACGGCCCCUGGAACCUGCCGCAGUCUGGCUACUCCCACCUUAGUCGCCAGGGCGAUGCCCUCAAUUUGCUGGAGACUGGAUAUUCCCGCUGCUGCCGCUGCAGCAGCCAUGUACAACGCCUAGACUGUGCACAACUCGUGUGGGAGGACACAAUGACCCAGUUCUGUGAGACCGAGUUCUCGGUCAAGACCCGACCCCACUGGUGCUGCAAACGGCAGGGGGAGGCUCGAUUCUCCUGCUUCCAGGAGGCCGCUCCCUGGCCUCACUACCGACUCCGGGCCUGCCCGAGCCACCAGCCUGGCAUCUCGUUGGGCCCCGAGCUUCCUUUCCCCCCUGGGGCGCCCACACUGGACAAUGUCAAGAACAUCUGCCGCCUGAAACGCUUCCGCUCUGUGCCACGCAACCUCCUGCUUACCGACCCCAUCCAAAGGCAGCUGCACGCUCUGACCCGGCUGGAAGUGGAGUUCCAGCGCUGCUGCCGCCAGGGGAACAACCACACCUGUACAUGGAAGGCCUGGGAGGACACCCUUGAUGGAUACUGCGACCAGGAACAGGCGAUAAAGACCCACCCUCAUGCCUGUUGCAAAUACCCUCCCAGCCCCGCUCGGGAUGAGUGCUUUGCGCGUCGGGCUCCCUACCCCAACUAUGACCGUGACAUCUUGACCCUUGACCUCAGCCGGAUCACCCCCAACCUGAUGGGCCACCUCUGCGGAAACCAAAGAGUCCUCACCAAGCAUAAACAGAUUCCUGGGCUGAUCCAGAACAUGACCGCCCGCUGCUGUAAGCUGCCCUUUCCUGAACAGGCCUGCUGCGCUGAGGAGGAGAAAUUAGCCUUUGUCAAUGACCUGUGUGGUGCCCGAUGGAGCUUCUGGAGAGACCCUGCCCUCUGCUGUGACCGGAGGCCUGGGGACGAACAGACCAACUGCUUCAACAUCAAUUAUCUGAGGAACGUGGCUCUGGUAGCCGGAGACACUGAGGACACCAAGGGCCAGGAGGAGCAGGGCCCGACUCGGGGCGCACAUGUCAGCCCCACCCCUCAGCCCAAGGAAGAGUGAGUCACCCCAGAGCCUUGGAGGAUCAGCUGGAGGGAACCCCGCCCGCCCCACCCCCUCGAAGGCUCAUUACAGUAAACGCCUCUCUUGGCGUGCUCGCGGUCUGUGACACCACCCGCACCCUCACACCCUCCUAAGCUUCCCGAUUCCUUCAGUGACUGCCCCUGGCCCACUGCCCUGCCCGCGCUGGCUGGCAGAUGUUCCGCGGGCUGUGAUGGGACCGCAGCUAAUCCGCUUGACUUCAUUAUUCGUCAUCUUGAAUUGAUUCAUGCAUUUCCAAAGGGGCACCACCUUGAGAGUUCCAUGGUAAAAUAAUAAUAAAAAAUAAAAAAAG